AUGAGGAAUUUGGCGGUAGUGAUUUUUACGGUUGCAUCGCUAUUGGCGGUUGGAUGUGAAGGGAAGGGGGUGGGCGGAUAUGAAGAGGCAGCCAAUUGUAAACAGAUCGAGUGUGCUCCAUAUGAGGUCGUUCUCUCUCAGGACGAGUUCGAGAUUCGGAGGUACGAGAACGCUUCAUGGGUGGCUACACCUCCUAUCAACUCUACCUCCUACGCCGAUGCCAUCAACAAAGGUUUCGGAAUCCUCUUCUCCUACAUCCAAGGCAACAACAAGCAAGGAGCCAAAGUGGAAAUGACUGGCCCGGUUUUGGUGGACGUAUUCCCGUCCACGGGCCCUUUUUGCAACUCCCCCUUCGUGGUUCAUUUCUACAUGCCCAAGAAGUACCAACCCGACCCGCCUCUCUCUGACCAAGUUCAUCCCGUGAGGAUGCCCGGUAGUCAUACCUAUGCCGCCGUCAAGAGGUUUGGCGGCUUCUCGAACGACUCCAACAUCCCCGCCCAAGCUGCCGCUCUGGACAAGAGCCUCAAAGCGGCCGAGGGAAAUGACACCAACGUAUUGAGGAACCACAAGCGAGUGACGGCGUCGUACAGCGUUGCUGGAUAUAAUUCACCAUUCGAUAUCUUUAACCACGUGAAUGAGGUCAUAUUUUGGUAUGACUGA